CGGAAAAUCGGAAAGGUUGUCUUCGUAAACUUCAGCAACCCAUCCCGGGUAACCCUGGCCCCAGUUUCCACCCCCGGUGCGGCCGUGCCGCAGCCCGGUGGUGACAUGUCAUGUAAAUGACGAUCAGCCCCCUUGGGCAACUCGGGGUGCCUGGACGAUCUAUAUUUACUUCCUGAAGGACGACAUUCCCACGUUUUUGGUUCCUUUAUCUGAACUUGUGUUCCCCAGACGGCAUGUCACUUUUUCUUUGAAAGCUGAAAGACAAAUCACAUCACACAUCAAAAGAAUUGGCCAUGCACGUCUCACUCAGCCGCUCGCUGCAGCUGCUGACGUUUUUCACGGGUUUCAGCUCUGCGGCGACGAUCACGACGACGCCCACGACCUCCGUCGAAGUUGACCUUAUCUUCCCGCGCAAUGGCAGCACCUACAAGCCCGUCUGGCCUUUUCCCUUCGUCUUCGCCGUUCAAAACGCCUCGAAGCUCUGGCCAGAGUCUGAGGAAAAGAACUUUUACAACUUUUGGGUGAAGUGGGAUCUCACGGGGUACACCGAUAUCAACAAUGCGGAUACGGGGCAGCUCUUCAGCUCGGGUGUCUGGCAAACCGAAGCCAAGAACAAAACCGCUGACACAUAUACCAUCAUCGACGCUUCCCGGAGAGACCUGGUCAACGCGACGCAGCGGGAGUUCCGCCUACGAUACACGGCGACCAUGUUCAGCGCUUGUCCAAAGAACGUCACUGGCGAGGGGCCGUCGUCAAAAGUCUACGACGUCUCGUACAAUGGCACCGCCUUCUUCACAACCGAUCCCAACGGACAGGUCCCCUCCCUUGUCGACACGACUUCCUGCCCCGACUUUGUCGGCAGUUUCCAAAUCACAGGCAACAGCCACGACUAUGGCGAUAUCUGCCCCGUGGUAUCGGACAAGGAGCCCGCGUCUGAGGCCUGUGAAAUCAAGAUGGACGCGGCUCUGGAGACGCAGGUCAAGGCGGCGAUGCUCACUCGUGCAAAUUGCCAGAACGGGACCUGGCCUGACCCCGAGGGAAAGCUUUCAGCGUUAUCUUGCAAUGCGGUCAAGACCAGCGAUGCGAGUGCCAAGUUGCUCGGCAGCCUUGUCACCAAGUCCUCGGCGCUCGUGUUGAUCUUGGCCGCAUCUUGGGCAAUAGUCUGAGGGUCCGGCGUUGCCCCACACACACAUUCACACAUUCUAUCUGGGCUGAAAUGCCGUCAUCAAAUGUGGCGGCUUUUCAGCUUGGCAGCAGCGUUGAUUUUAGCCAACCUUUGGCAUUUCUGAAAUUUGAACUCUUGUUUUAUUUUGUACAUAUUGGAAUAGCGGUUGGGCUAAAAGAUACCAUCCUAGACAGAGGGAGUUUUGGAGUUGCUUGUACGCGAGAUGAGCCUUUCGCCGGUGGUGGUUGGAUUAUUUAUCUUCACGGUUCAGUAGAAUUAACUUCCCUUCAAAAUGUACAUAUAAAUCCGCCUUUUUUUUUCAAAAGAGAAUUUAGUUAGAGUAUAGCUCGUUUAGAU